GCCCUUCUCUCCGGCGGCGGGACGGUACGAACAGGGAGGGGACGUAUUCCUUAGCUCGUCUCUCUCUGCGCGCUGUUACCAGGAGGGCCUCUCCUCGGGACUCAGAUGGAGGAGGGGAACAGCUGCCAACAUGAAUGCUGCAAAACUUGGUGGUGGAUAUAGCUGUUGAACCGUGGAUUCUUAUCAGCAAGAACUGUGCUGACACAUUAGUCAAGAGAGAGAGCACUUGUCCACACUUAGGCACGCUGCUGACCCAGGCUGGGUUCGAUCAGUCGCAGGGCCUCACACACACACAGGACGAGUUGGCCCCAGCCAUGGGUCAGACAAGAGCUCCUCCACGUGCGGCCUCGAAUGGGGACAGGAAGAAGAGGAGCACGGCUGCUACAGGCCAUGGGGAGCACUGCUGACGUCCUCCUGGCCCACCUCUUGGCUCCCCCCGCCUUCAAGCCCACUUCCCUGCGCUAUAAAAGCCACGAGCCCCCAGCAGCUGCCCUGCUUCUACUGGGAGCAGCGCAUCCCGAGGAGCAGCCCUGCUGCGCACAGCCUUCCUACCACCGCUCCACCAUGUGGCAUCUGAUCCUGUGGACGCCGCACCCCCAGUGGUCACCAAAGCACUUAAAGCUGGUCACUGUCUACGUGCUGGUGCUCUUGGUAUCGCUCAGCUUUGCUUCGAGACAGAGCAGACCAUUUAAACAUCAAAUAGACAACAGAAGCCCUGAGAUUGAUCCCUUUUGGUACGUGGGACGUGGUGUUCGACCCAUUGGUCGGUUUGGGAAGAGGCAGCUGAGAGGCGGCCGUGGAAGGUUGAGGCCUAUGAGCAGGCACCUGGAUUUCAUCCUGAACACCUUGUGGAAGCAAGAAGUGUUGGACGCAGAGGACAGUGACUACUGAUGGCUGUGUCCCGAGGCGGUGACCUAACCUCUGCUCUCCGGAUUGCCCCUGCCCUCCACCUCAGGGCUUUGCUUUUGCCUGGCAAUCCCUGCUGCUCCUCUCUCUGCUACUCUUGCAAAUUCCUUCAAGAAGAAACACAUUCAAGGUGCAGGUAAAAGUCAACGCGUUGACACCAGCACUGAGUGUAACCAUAGCUUUAAAAAGUAUUUAUUCUCUCUUUCAUCACCACCAUUCCCUUCUCUGAGCGGUGACGAUGCUGCACACUGUAUACAUUCACCCAAAAUCCAAAGAGCUCCUGUGCUGGGAUUUAAACUCAGCAGUGGUAGUGUGCCAUGAAAUUUUCCUGUCACAUUUUAAAGUCAUUGGCUAUUGGUAUGUAAAAAUAAAAAGCAAUGGUUGGAUGAAAGAAAAA